AUGUUUGCCAUAAUUUCGUGGACCGCGAAGAAUGGAAUUUCCUUGGACCAAGAACAGCUUGAAGUGUUGGGUUCUGGCAAGUUUGUUGUCAUGAAUGGAGGGUUAUUAGAGCCAGAAGCAGCAGUGAGCAUGCUAUACAAGAAAGAGAUGUGGGGAAGCAUCAUUCAAUCAGUGCAUGGUAUGAAAAUAUUAUUUAAUAUAUUUUUAAAGGUCGUUCCAUUUACAAUGCACAGUGGCAUAUAAAUAUAAAGUCUAGUAAGUGUUGUAGGUUAUUAGGUUUAACCCAUAAAGGCACAGACUUUGCUGUAUGCCUGACAAAUUUACUCUUUAUAAUAGAGCCUUUCAUAUUUAAAGCCGGGCCUUCUCCCAAAGGCAUCUAACCCUCAAGGCUGUUGGAAGUAUUAAAAUCAAUAUUGGGGGGUGCACUCUAGUUCUUUUGUGUGUUUUUCAUACAAAUAGAAGUUAUUAGGGGGGCUCAAGGCUCCUGGACCCUGGCUUCCAAAGGACUUGGCCCUUUAAAGAGGCUAUGCGCCCUACUUUAUUAUUUCACUCUGUCUAACGCUAGACGAUUUUACUGGUCAAGGAACAAGGGGAGAAUGCUGCCACUCAAUGGGUUACAGUAGGCUGAACUUGUCUGCUAUACUGCUUUGACUAUUAUUUGCCAGAUGAUUUGUGCAAGGAGUCUCUCCUGUUAUGGAUUAGCAAAACAUGUACAAUCUUUUAUCAAUUUGUUUUCAGACACCAAGAGACAAGCAGAGGGGGUGCUAAACAAAGAACUGAAUGAUGUUGAAUCAUCACACUUGUCGAGUGUAGAAGAACAACAAAUGCCAAGGAAGAGAAUAUGCAGCCUCAAUAUACAUGCAGAAACCGGAAGCAGUGGGGAGGAAAGCGAAGUGGAAAAUGCUGGUAUGGAUUGA